AUGGAUGAAGAAAGCUCUCGUGGCUUGCUUUCUCCUACUCCAGAGUUUCUCGCUUCUGUCAAGGUUUUUCCACUGAUUCCGAGCAUUAAGAAGGAUGUCGAGAAAGAUAUUGACACUGCGUUGAGCUGGGACCAGCUCACAGCUUCUGACAUCAAUUUUGCGAUUGUAAGACCCUUAGUCUUUAAAUAUGCCAAGCUCGACAACAUGGCGGUUGUCUACGCGUGCUUCGUCGUGCGUUCACACUUUUUGUCAGAAGCAGAAGAGAAUGUUGCGUAUUCUGGAGUGAUGCUCUCGAGAGCCGCCCUUUGUGAGAUUCUGGCAAUGAAGCUUCUGGGCACAUUUGCUUCUAGUCGCAUCCGUCUCGCAGCUGUUCUGACCGCAAGCUGGAGCCCCCUCGCAGGCGCUCCUCCUGAAGUUGUUGAUGAAGUCAGGGAGACAAUUGGUAACGAUGAUCGGUACGAUCCUCAAAAUGCCCUCGAGAUGGCCAUUGCCACCGAAUCUAAAGCAUUUCUGUCUGCGCCCGUCGUACAAACAGUUGUCAACGAUAUAUAUGCUGGACGUGUCGUCUUCUCCAUGGCGUCGAAUCACUCAGUCUUGGCCGACAACUAUAAGCCUCGUGCAAUUGAAAUAUACGAUUCUCGGAACGCGCCAUUCCUGGACCAUUAUAGAUUGAGGGUACCAAGAUAUGGUGCUAUCAUGGAGUUCCUCAACUUCGCGCUUUUAUUGACCAUAUUUCUGUUAUGCCUCUCAAACCGAGACGUCAAACAAAUGAACGUGUUCGAGAUUGUCUUUGUAGUCUUCGCAGCAGCAUUUACCUUGGAGGAAUAUACGGCUUCUAAAGAACACGGGUGGAGUAUUUACAUUGCUAAUAUGUGGAAUGUUUUUGACACAUCGUUCGUGAUUAUCUUCUUUGCCUACCUAGGUUUCCGAAUCAAGGGGCUUGCUCAUCAUGACGCUUCGGAGAAAUGGAGUUUUAAAGCAAUUGCAUGGCUCAUGGUUCAGAUUUGGUUCGGUAACACUUACCUGAGCUUCGGCCAGGCAGAGAGUUUUCACCCGAUCUUCGGUCCAAUUCUUAUGACCACCUUCGCUGCGCUUUCAAAUACCCUUUUAUUGACAAUCCUCAUCUCGAUAUUGUCCAAUACUUUUGCGCAGAUUGAUUCUAAUGCCAAGCAAGAAUAUUUGUUCCAGUACUCUAUCUCCACAAUUGAAGGCGUGAAAUCUGAUGCCCUAUUCAGCUAUCAGCCCCCCUUUAACCUCCUUGCAUUCCUGAUCUUAUGGCCAUUGAGUUGGGUGCUAUCAGCACGCGCUCUGCAUUCGACAAAUGUUUUCCUAAUCAAGCUCACUUCUUUCCCAACGCUGAUAGUCAUUGGUGUUUACGAACGAUACCUCGCUCAAGGAAGAAAGUGGCGAGAAGACGGCACUGAAGCUGCACACAAUCUCUAUGCACGAUUCACGCGCCAAGUCAAGAAUAUACCCAUCCUCGAUCUACUAGGAUCGAGCAGCACAGACAUCUACGACGCUAUAUUCGACGUCGAGCUCCUACACGAACCCGAACUCUUCCCAGAUUCUGACGACGAGAUUUCCCGCGGCCUGCUCGUCUUCCCUUCGCGGGACAGCUUGUACCCUCAAUCUCCUCCUCAUGCUUCCACUUCAGGCGCCAGCGCGGACAGAGGUGACCCGCAGACCCCACGACAGAGACGUUAUGUCAGCCUUCCUCGCUCAGCGCCGAUGAGCAGAAGCAGGAGCCGCAGAGAAGGAGUCUCGCCCAGCGUGUCGCCGCGGCCCAGAAAGAUCACUCUACCCGCUGCGCUUGCGCAGAGUUCAGGCGAGAUCCCGACCGUCGGCCCCCGGAGCCCCCUGAGCAAACUCUAUGCGAGCCGUGGCAACGCCUCUGAGGGUCAGCUAGAGAAAAUGUCGGCGGCCGCGACGAGCAUGGACGCUGGGAUCAGAAAAGUUGAGGCGUUGUUGGACGACGUGAAGAAUUUGCCCGUGAGCCGGCUCAAGGAGGAGAUGAAAGAGCUGCAGGAUCGCCAAGCCCGUAUUGAGAACCUGCUGCUCAUGCUCACGCGGGGCAUGCGGAACGAAACAGGAUACCAUUCUUCUCCCCGGCACGACACGCUAUGA